CUCCCAUAACCCAUCCGAGUGCCACGUUCAACCAGGUGUGGGUGUGAAGUUCGCCGGUAGCCGAGAGGAGGGAUGUGUCCGUCGCACUUGAAUUCCGGUGUUGCCAGCAGUCAGUGAAUGGGAGGGGCCUCGACGGGUUUGUCGUCGUGCGAGAAUCACGCACACCCGACUCCUCGAACGAGGAAGACUCUGGACGCCGGAGAAAUUGUUUGCCGGAGCAUCAAGGUCCGUCGCGGUACUCGGACUCCCGCAGGCAGUACUCGGCUCUGCGUAACCCUCGACGAACAAGUGACCGAGGACCCAGGUGUUCAGUAGGUGGAAAUUGCUGAGCAGGAGCUCAUUGAAGGUGAAGAGCAGGUAGUCCAGGAGGAGGCCUAUAAUGAGGAGUACGAGCUUAUCUAGGUGGCGUCUCCCAGUCAGCUUUAUGGUGCCAAUGAAUAAUGCUUAGUUUGCUUUAUUAUUCUCAUUUAUUUUUUAAGACUUCCGCUAUGUAAUAAUGAUAUUUGUGACAUUUAUCUCUAUACACUUUGUCAUUA